GAAAUCAGCCAUGACACAAAGAAAUUUCGGUUUGGCCUUCCAUCUACCAAUCACAUCCUUGGACUGCCAGUCGGUCAGCACGUGUACCUGUCAGCCAGAGUGAACGGCAGUCUGGUGGUCAGAGCCUACACUCCGGUAUCCAGUGACGAGCACCAGGGAUACGUCGACCUCGUGGUCAAGGUGUACUACAAGAACUGCCACCCAUCCUUCCCAGACGGAGGGAAGAUGUCCCAGUAUCUGGACAACAUGGCUAUUGGAGACGCCAUUGACUUCAGAGGACCCAAUGGACUGCUUGUGUACAAGGGGAAUGGUCAGUUUUCCAUCCGACCAGACAAGAAGUCGGAGCCAAAAGUUCGGAAGUUCAAGCACAUUGGGAUGAUCGCCGGUGGAACAGGUAUCACUCCUAUGCUGCAGUUAAUCCGCAGCAUCACAGCAGACCCCAGUGACAACACCACGUGCUCCCUCAUAUUUGCCAACCAGACUGAGAAAGAUAUCCUCCUCAGAGACGAGCUGGAGGAGGUGAAGAAAAACCACCCUGAGAAAGUCAAGCUGUGGUUCACGCUGGACAAACCUCCGCAGG